AUGACUGACCACUUCUCUCUUUGUUUAGACAAUAACUCCCGCGAAUCGCACGCCAAACAAAAGGCUCUCCAGCUGGAGCGCAAAGCCGCUAAACCCAACGCCGAUAUCGUCGCGCGCUCUAAGAAGCUGUGGGAGCGUCUGCGCCGCAAGUCCCACGUUCCGCUCGAGGAGAGGAAGAAGCUCGUCAAGGAGCUGUUCGAGAUCAUCACGAACCGGGUCCGGGACUUUGUGUUCAAGCACGACUCGGUGCGAGUCAUCCAGACAGCCCUGAAAUACGCCAAUGCCGAGCAGCGGAAGCAGAUCGCGCACGAACUGAAAGGAAACUACAAGGAGCUGGCACAAAGCCGCUACGCUAAGUUCCUGGUUGGAAAGUUGAUCGUGCAUGGGGACACGGAGAUCCGGGAUCUGAUCAUUCCCGAAUUCUACGGGCAUGUCAAGCGGCUGAUUCGGCAUCCCGAGGGCUCGUGGAUCCUGGACGACAUCUACCGUACGGUCGCGACAAGAGCGCAGAAGGACAGACUUUUGCGCGAAUGGUAUGGUCCGGAAUUUGUGAUCUUCCAGGAUGAGAAGGAGACCACGGCCGAUCUGGCCAAGAUUCUGGAGGCCCAUCCGGAGAAGCGGGCGCCCAUCAUGCACUUCCUGCACGAGCUCAUAAACCAGCUUGUGCAGAAGAAGACCACCGGUUUCACCAUGCUGCACGACGCCAUGUUGCAAUAUUUCCUCUGCACCAAGCCAGGCAGCAACGAAGCCAACGAGUUUAUUGAGCUGCUCAAGGGUGACGAGGAAGGUGAUUUGGUCAAGAAUCUGGCCUUCACCCAGUCUGGCUCGCGCCUGAUGUGUCUGACUCUGGCAUACUCCAGCGCCAAGGACCGUAAGCUGCUUCUGCGGUUCUACCGAGACACCGUCAAAACCAUGGCGGGCGAUCUACACGGUCACUUGGUUCUCCUGGCAGCAUACGAGGUGAUUGAUGACACCAAGUUGAGCGCCAAGUCUAUCUUUUCCGAGCUCCUGAACCAGAGCGAUGCGGCCGAGGCACGAAACGAAGAACUCAUCUUGCAGGUGAAUGACCUGAUCGCGCGCGUUCCCGUGCUGUAUCCGUUCGCCGGCGACCGAGUCAAGUGGCUUCUCCCUGAAACCGACCAGGCGGUACUGAACGAGGUGCGCGAGAUCCGCAAAGAAACGUCGAAGAAAGACGCGGAUGUUCGUCGCCAGGAACUGGUCAAAGCGGCAUCCCCAACCUUGUUGGAGUUGAUUGCUGCCCGUGCCGACGCGCUGCUGGCGACCAGCUUCGGGUGUCAGUUCAUCGCGGAAGUUCUCUUCGAAGCGGACGGUGACAAGACCGCAGCGCUCUCCGCCGUGGCCGAGGCUGCCAAAUCCCAGUCCGAAACCAAGGACUCCGCGUCCGUCGGGCGGUUGCUCAAGUCGCUUGUCCAGGGCGGACGGUUCAACAGCGUCGAGAAAACCGUCGAGAAGGUGCAGCCUCCGCUGAACUUCCACGACAUCCUGUACGAACAGAUCCGUGGCGAGAUCAUGGACUGGGCCACGGAGUCUAACCCGUUUGUCAUUGUGGCUCUGGCCGAAUCGGAGGAGUUUGCGAAGAAGGACGAGCUGCUCAAGACGCUGAAGAAGAACAAGAAGGCGCUGGAGCAGGCCUCGGCGCCUAGCAAGGAUGGCAAGAAGAAGCCCGGGCCGACCAGCAGUGGUGCCAAGCUGCUGUUGGCGAAGAUCUAG